AUGCCUCUCAGCCGCACCUACCGCACUAAGGCUGCUCCCCGCACCACCCGCACUACGCGGUCGACUGCUCGUCCUAGCCUCAAGACCCGUCUUCUAGGCGGAGGUCGUCGCACCUACGCUACCAGGGUGCCAGCUACUACAACUACCACCACCACUACAACCAAGACUACCCGUACCACUGGCCGUCACGGACAUGCCACUGCCGCGCCUGUCCACCACCACAAGCGCCAUGCCACCAUGGGAGACAAAGUGUCCGGAGCACUCAUGAAAUUGAGGGGAAGCUUGACCAGGAGGCCCGGUCUCAAGGCUGCUGGUACUCGCCGCAUGCACGGUACCGAUGGCCGCAACGCUCGUCGUGUCUACUAG